AUGCGUCCCUUUUCGCAAAUUGGAGCCGCAACCUUUGUACGAGAUAAUGUCCUUUACACGAUAGGAGGGCUAUCGCAAUACUACAACACAACCAAACCGAACAACCAUUUUGUUGGAUUUCACCUCAACCAGCUAAAUGGCGAUAUAGAAACGGAUGUACCAACAAGCCGAGACUGCCCUGAGUUAGCUUAUGGCCAAGCUGUGCUGCUUCCUGAUAAUGAUCGUGUAUUGCUUUUUGGUGGCAAAAACGAAGAUUUAUGGGAUGAAAACACCACGCUUCUGGUCCAUGAAUAUCGAUUCAGCACCUCUAUGUGGCAACAGCUCAAUGUCAGCGCUGCCAAUAAUGCCACGAACAAUGGCACUGUACCCCGCAAUACACACAGGCACACAGCAACGCUAGCCCCCAACGGAAAAGUUUACAUUUAUGGUGGGCUAGUACCAGGCACCAUAACAAGAUGGUUCAUUCACGUAUGGGAAUACGAUCCUGACACUGGUCGUUUCACCGAGUUCCCCAUUGAUUAUGAUCCUGUGGGCACUGUUUCCCUUACCAGCAUAGCCCUUCAGGAUGGAAAGAUUGUCUAUGUGAUGUAUCAUGAAUGGGCUGAGGCUUUAAUCUUUGAUACCAACCGUGGCGUGGGAUACAAGCAGGAACUCUCCAAUCAAACGAUGGGCAAAUUUCCUGACCCAAGAAUUGGUGCCAAUGCUAUUCUUGCACCUGAUAAUUCAACAAUAUACUACUUUGGAGGUCGAAAAAGAUGGGGAGAUACAUACAAUGAAGACCCUCUCGACAUACCUCAAACAAAACUGGUUGCAUUCAACAAAAUCGAUAUACUGGACACCAAAACUUGGGCAUGGCUAUCUCCUAAAGAAGUGCGUGGUGAACCAGCUAAGGCACGUUAUGAUGCAUCAGCAGCUCUAUUGUAUGGGAAAUACUGGACGUUCGUUGGAGGGAUCUCUGAAUUUCUAUGGACAAAUGAUCUAAACGUGCUUGAAAUUCCUGAAGCCAACUCCCCCACAAGUACUUUAGCAAAUGCAUCCAUCACCUUGACGUGGCUCCACAACAUCACCGAUCCAAAUCUUGAUGAAAACGAGAAUCAUGAAUCGAGAGGGCUUGGAGGAGGUGCCAUUGCUGGUAUAGUGGUGGGAUCUUUGGCAGGUGCUAUGUUGGUGAUUAUCACGCUUGUUUGGAUGAUGCGUCAUGCAAAUCUUGGGCCAUUAGCGAUAUGGGAAGCUUUGAUCUCACUCAUUUGGGAUAGGCGUGCUGGUGAACCAUUGUGGACAGCUAUCUUACAUUCGGUGUCAAAGUUAAUCCUUACGGGGUUGUUCAUAGCGUAUUGUGUCUACAGCAUCAUCCAAAUUGUGCAAAGCUCUGAGACAACGGUGACUAUGAGCACACCUGUUAACCAAGUACGACUGCCAGACAUACGGUUUUGCUUUGACAAUUUCCGCCAUUCUGAGGGCAUCACAAAUAUCCAAUCCGACAUUGUGUCAAGGCCAGAUGCUGAUGUGAUGGAUUGGGGCGGCUUUUGGACAAAUUUAAGUGAUCACUUCCAUAUGCCUUACUACUCCAGCAGCAGCUCUGGUGAUCUUCGUUGUUGGAUGUUUACAGCUCCGCCAGAUUUCAAGCUUGAUUACGAGGCCAACAGUCCAAAGAGUAAUGGCACCAGGCUUCGCUUCCUUCUUGCUAGCGGUGACGAUGGAACUAGCCAAUCGAAUGCUUACUUGAACCAGAGCCGCGUCCACAUUUCGGUCUAUCAUCCCGAUCGCAACCCCAUCAAGGUCGUGUACAACAUUAGCAACCAACCCAACCUCAGCGACGAUUACAUACAGCAAUGGUUACGACGUGAAGCAAGUGACCAGCAAACUGAAAACAGCUACACAAUGGAAUUCAAUACAUACUCAUCCAUUGGCUAUCAACUCAAGAACCAUCGUUACCUUGUGGAUACACCUUGGAAUGCUGUUGGAUUCGCUCAAAUACGCAACAAUACACCUGAAGUGGAGACAUCAUUUCGUACAAGUAUCCAAGAUGGAUCGAUGAUGAUCAGGAAUGUCCUUGAUGUGUAUCCUGCAAGCUUUGCUGAAAUUGUAGAAGAGGAUCAGCGCGUGGACACCCUCAUGUCAGCUUCUGGUUUGAUUGGUGGUAUGCUUUCAUUGUUCACUUUCAUCCUUACAACCCUGUAUGGUGCACGUCCUACCUCCAUGUAUGGCUGGAUCAUGAAAUUGCCAUUCAACAAGCCGACGCGUUCGAUUGAAAGAAACCUGCUACGAAGCUUUGGAUCUCUUGGUCAACCGAUUCCUUUUGUACAUCCUGUCGACCCUCAUGUCUUGAACCCCCGGCAACUUCAGGAACACAAACUAGUAGAAACAGCAUACAGCAACACCGCUACGGAUGAUUUGCAUGCCAAAAUUCGAAAUAUGGAAGAAACGCAUCAACGAGAGAUGGCUGCCCUUUUGAAGCGACUGCAAUUGAUGGAACUGGUUUUCAAGUCAUAUUAUAUCGAUGAUGAAGUAUUCAACAGACUGCAUGACGCUCAUUGUGCUGAACAAGAUCAUCAAAAUAGUAGUGGCACGCUGACACCAACAACAACCGCUGACAACGAUGGGAUAUUUACCCGACUCUUCCGCCGUCGUCGAUAUCGUGCCACACAAAAUGUAUCAGACGAGGAACAACCUGCUCAUAAUUCGGCUGCACUACUGCUCGAUUUGCCCGAGAAAAAUGGAUCAUGA